UUGAUUACCUUUUUUUUUUAAGAAAGAAAGAGGGUUCUUCAAUUGAAACGGUUUGAUUACCUUUUUUUGAGGAAGGAAGAGGGUUCUUCCCAUUUAGCGGAGAACCAUUAUGGCAAAAUUAUACCACCUCUUCCUUCUGACUAUUUUUGUGGUAAUCAUACCGACAUUAGUGCAUGCUAGUGUCAAAGAGCAAGACGGAUAUUGGGAUAAUGUAUUUCCAUCGAUUAAUGAUACAUAUUGGCGGGCAAAAGCAGCAAGUGCUCAAAAGAAAAACGACAAAGCUUAUACUCCUGACCCUUAUGCAGUAUCCGGAAACAUGACUUCUAGUGUUAGAGAAAUGAUAAAUGACGGCAAUAAAGGAAGAAGGAAUCUUAUGGGAAAAAAACUAGCCAAUGGCGGUCCAUGUAUGGCUACAAACCCCAUUGACAGUUGUUGGAGGUGUGAUCCUAACUGGGCAAAUAACCGCAAGAAGCUUGCAGAUUGUGUGCAAGGUUUUGGAAGGAAGACAACUGGUGGAAAAGCUGGCCCUAUAUAUGUGGUAACUGACCCCUCAGAUAAUGACAUGGUUUAUCCACAUCCAGGUACCCUUAGGUAUGCAGUUACGAGAAAUGGACCUUUGUGGAUCAUAUUUGCCCGUAGCAUGAAAAUUAGGCUCAGCCAGGAACUCAUAAUGACAAGUGAUAAGACCAUUGAUGGACGAGGAGUUGAUGUUGUCAUUACUAAUGGUGCUGGUAUUACUAUCCAAUUCAUCAAUAAUGUGAUCAUCCACGGGAUCAAAGUUUUUGACAUUCAGAUUGGAACUGGGGGACUUGUUAGAGAUGCCGAGAACCACUUUGGUCUAAGGACUAUGAGUGAUGGUGAUGGAAUUUCAAUUUUUGGCUCCAGUAAUGUUUGGAUUGACCAUGUUUCUAUGAGAAACUGUAGAGAUGGACUCAUUGAUGUCAUCAUGGGAUCCACCGCUAUUACCAUCUCCAAUAGCCAUUUCACAGAUCACAACGAGGUUAUGUUGUUUGGUGCAAGUGAUGGAUAUGACGGUGAUCAGAAAAUGCAGAUUACACUUGCAUUCAACCACUUUGGUAAGAGAUUAAUCCAAAGGAUGCCAAGGUGUAGAUAUGGUUUUAUCCAUGUGCUUAACAAUGAUUAUACUCACUGGGAAAUGUAUGCUAUUGGUGGUAGUAAACAUCCUACCAUUAUAAGUGAGGGUAACCGAUUCAUAGCCUCUAACAACGGUCAUGCUAAAGAGAUAACAAAGAGGGAGUACUCACCAGAAGAAGAGUGGAAAAACUGGCAGUGGAGAUCAAUCAACGAUGUCUACAUGAACGGAGCAUUUUUCAGACAAGCUGGACCUGAGCUAACUAACAGACCAUUCUCAACAGAGGACAUGAUCAAAGCUAGGCCUGGAACUUUUGUGGGAAUGCUUACUCGUAAUUCUGGCAGACUAAAAUGCAUAGUGGGGAAGCCUUGUUAGUCUUCAAAAUCCCCUUCCUGAAAUCAAUCAUCAUUGAAGCACAAAUGGCUUUGGCAAAGGAGAACAAGCAAGAUGUGUCAUUUGAAACAUGAAAUAACUUUUUCUUGUCUGUUUUUCCUCAGUUUUACAUGUACGGAAAAAAAUUCAUGGAAUAUAUAUUCAAUUCAUUUCAAAACUGUCUCAUUCUAGAAUGUACACAUUUUUUGAAAAUAAAUAAAGAUCAUUACAAAAUUGUUUC